UAGAUAUACAUACAUAGAUAUAUGUAAUACGGUAUGGUGAAAUGUCGUUUCUAAUACGAGAGCUCUAUUCACGUUGUCUAACCCCAUUUCUUCAAUCUUCGAAAAUCAGUCAAAAUUUAUUUAGGAAAUAUUCUCUACCGAGGCUGAUUCUAAAUAUGAAUGAAGCAGUUUUCAGAUACGAUGAAGGUAGUGACAAGUUUGAAGUGAUGCUUCGUUACGUUAACACUGAUUUAAAUGUUGACAGACAAUUCAAUUUCAAUAGAAACGUGAACGAACCAAUAAAUCAUUUUCUUCGGAGAUUAGAAAGCAAUAUACAAAGUUUAACGAUAAAGAAGCUUAAAAGAAAGAACAAAGGAAAAAGUAUUAAUACAGACACGAUGGACAACUUGUUGAAUAAUGUCGAAAAUAAAAGGAUCAAGUUUGUAAAAGACAAUUCUAUCCUCGAUGGAAAUCUUACUUGUAAGGCAAUCCUAGAGGAUUUGUCGAAUGUGAAAUUAAUCAUUUUCGACACAGAAUAUAAGUUGAUACAGAACACACCAAUUGUUACUAAUAUAAAAUUGCCAUUGUGUAUUUUGGUUGGUUUUCUUACUUAUCCCUCAAAAUUUGUAACAAUGCACGUUGAUAAAACAAUAUCAGCUUUUGACUGGUAUAAAAUGGAAACAAAUAAAUGGAUUCACGUUGGAGAAGGCUAUUUUUAUAUACCUACCGCCUCUGAUGUAGGAUGUAAAUUAAAACUAAAAUGUGUACCAAGAAAAGGUGAUCAGACUGGACCAGCAAUAGAAAUUAUAUCUAAUGGUAAAGUAGAAGCUGGACCAGGAGUUUGUCCUUUUGAAAUUAGACAUUGUUUUACCAAAACGAAAUUGUCAGGUAAAAGCUUUAGGGUAACGUCCUAUAAUAUUUUGGCAAAUGUGUAUUCAUUAACUGAUGUAUCUAAGGAUGUAUUGUAUCCAUACUGUCCAGAGUAUGCCUUAUCUAUGGAUUACAGAAAACUGCUGAUUCUCAAAGAAUUAAGAGGAUACAAUGCAGAUAUUAUAUGUCUGCAGGAAGUUGAAAAUAAAGUUUUUGAAAAUGAUCUAUUACCAGCUUUGUCUAUAUUGAACUACAGUGGCAUAUGUAAUCUUAAAAAUGAUCUGCAAGAAGGACUUGCAGUUUUUUAUAAUCAGGAUAGAUUUGACCAAUUGAAUUGCAGUUAUAGCAUUCUUUCUCAAGGCACAGAUUUAAGUGAAUUCAAUAUUACUUGGUUACAGAUAGAAAAUGAAAACGUGAAACAGGCUUUUCUAAAUAGAAAUACAGUUAUACAGGCAAUAGCACUACGAUCCAAAGAAAACUCAGAAAUCUUAGUUGUUGGGAAUACGCAUUUAUUUUUUCGUUCAGAUGCGGACCAUAUACGAUUGCUGCAGGCAUAUUAUGGGUUAAUGUAUUUACAGAAAUUUUCCCGAGAAAUAAAGAAAGAAAAUCUUGAAUGCAACGUUAGCAUCGUGUACUGUGGAGAUUUUAACAGCGCGCCAUACAAUGGUAUUUAUCAAUUAAUGACUCAAAAAUAUAUACCAGAAGACUAUGCUGAUUGGAAAUCUAGUCCCAAUGAACACAUAAAAAACGUUACCUUGCAGCACAAUAUUAGUUUCUCUAGUGCUUGUGGUACUCCAGAAUACACAAAUUACACAGCAAACUUUUCUGGAUGCUUGGAUUAUAUAUUUUAUCAAAACGAUUACUUAGAAGUUGAACAAGUUAUUCCAAUGCCAAGUAAAGAAGAGCUUAGUUUACACACAGGCCUUCCAUCUGUUGUAUUUCCAAGCGAUCAUAUUUCUUUGUGCGCCGAUUUAAAAUGGUUAAAAUAAAA